AUGGACCAACAAAUGAGUCAAUCAAUCAAGCUGAGAGCAGCUCUGACCACAAGGAUCAAGGAAAUUAUGGGAAAAUCAUCAGCAACAGGGAUCUUCAGAGGGGGGAUAUUGCAAACUCACCUUCUACACAAAGCAAGAUUAAGAAUUGGACAUGAGCUAGACAGUUGCUUAGCAACACGUGAUGUCAACUUCCAUGCUUCUGCGUCAAUCUCAGAAUAUGAGAUCAAUCGAGCUGCACUGACAGUUGCCCAUGCAAUGGUAAAUCCUUAUUAUGUGGAUUGGGAUGUUGACAGAUUUGCCGAAAUGGCCAAAGUCUCUACACCUAAAUCUGAUGGUCCCCUCGCUAAUACCAAUCAGCUACCAAAGUACUUUUCUGCAGCUAUGAUCGGUAAAAUUUCAGCACCAGCUACUAUUGUGGACAGGCAAGCCACUAAGGGUUUACGGACUUUACUUCUUGAAACAAUUACGUCCUCCACCCAACAGUCUUGGCGAUCUCAAGGCUUUGUUGUCCCAGAGGGGGGUGGAGAAUUUGGAGCAGGCAGAGUCACAGUAUCACCAGCAUAUUUUAUGCAAAGACACGAGAGACUGGAAGACCCAAUGGUUACCUCGGCUUCCUAUAAGUCUGUGGAAGUCCAAGAGUGGCUAGCUGCUUUAUCAGCUACUGAAUCUUUCUGGAAUGCCAUUACCGCUGUAUCGGCUCCAGAUCUAUUCGAAGCAGGCACCUUGGCAAUCACUCGUAUUAUUGAGGAACUUCAAGGUUCUGAUAGAACAUCACCACCCAUCUGUGAUUGGCCCUCGAUCUUCUCAGGAUUGGAAAUAAUUGCAAAUCGUACAACUUUAUCACACAGAGAUUCUGGUGGCGCACCUUCUCUUUUUGAUCUUCUGAUUAGUUUAGGCAGUGGCCAUGAGGCUAAGUUGACAUUAGCAGAUGUUGGGGCCGAACUGGAUUAUUACCCUGGGACAAUGGUCUUCAUUUCCGGGAAGAUGUGGGGUAUCCAGACCCCCCUUUCCAACACAGGCCUAUUUUUUGCAGAUGGUGGGGCAGCAGGAUAG